AUGCCUUCGCCUACCUCUCCUGGACCUUCCUCGCCAGUCUCCAGCAGCUCAACCGGGGUUUCGGCCUUGACUCCUCCGUCGACCGACGAGCAGAUGAACAAAGUUCGCCUUUUAGCAUCGCUGGAAGAACAGGAACUCGAAGGCCACACUAAAAUCAAUGCGAUUCAGCGUACGCCAGAGGACAGGAUGCAGUGUGCUCUCUGUGGCGUUGUGUUUACGUCUGAGGAGGACUUUGAGAAGCCUUGUCUCUUUCAUCCUGGGCUCAAAGAUAACCUCAAUGCCGACCCAAAUCACUCAGAUGACGAAGCAUACCAGACUGAUGACAGCUCCGGAGAUGCCGACGAGACUGAUGACAGCUCCGGAGAUGCCGACGAGACUGAUGACAGCUCCGGAGAUGCCGACAAGACUGAUGACAGCUCCGGAGAUGCCGACGAGCCUGAGUGGACAUACCGUUGCUGCAAGGGCAGUGAGACCUCACCCGGUUGCGUGGUUGAGGCCACGCAUAAGUCUUUCCACGACCUGGUGGCCAGCGACACCCAUUGGAAGUAUACUUGGGCGCAGCGUGAAGUGCAAUGGGGAUCAUCAUCAGACUCGGAACAGUGA